AUGCAUGUUAACCUUGCUUAUCUAGUGCUCAUAUUCCCCAGAGCAGAGACCAAGGACAACGAUGUUAUCAGCCGUCACACUCUUGCUGCUGGUGUCGUGCUGCGGCAUGGCGUCAGGUCAGUGGGGCGGGGACCGUUGUUCGCCGAGAUCCCCUCCGUUAGACUGCAGAGUCGUGCUUUGCGCGUUCCCUAUAAACUGCCGUUAUGGAUCAUUCACACCAAAAGGCCGAUGCUGCCCGGUGUGCAUAGAAGAUUGUUGGGGCUGGCCAUGGCCAGGAAAGUAAAUCCACACGUCGUGAGAACAAGGUGGGAAAAGGAAUAACGAUAACUACGAUCAGAUAAAACGGAUCGAAGUAACGGACGACAUGCUAUUGUACUGAAAAUGUUUGCCUUUGUUAAAAAGAAUAAAUAAAAACUAUUCUGCAA